AUGUAUUCGUCAGACGACAUUCACCAUGUUGUCGGUUCUAAUCAUGGAGCGGCAACAAACAUUCCUGCUGGCGUCCAAGACAAUAAAGUUGACGAUGCGGCUGCAUUAAGCCCAACGCAGCCGAACGAAAAGGACAGCAUAGCCACUGACAGCAGCCUCCACGGCCCGCGUCUUUGGAUAGUAACCAUUCUGAAUGCCACGAUGCUCUUCUUGGUCCAGACAGAGAUAUUUAUCGUGACUACCUCACUGGUCGCUAUUGCUGAAGAACUUGGCGACUUUGACAGGGCAAGCUGGAUUCUGGCCAGUUAUUUCUUGGGCUAUGUGGGUUUCGUGGUGAUCGUGGCAAAGUUUAGCGACAUCUUUGGCCGAAAGCCAGUCUACAUCUUCUCCAUCCUUGUCUUUACCAUUUUCUCAGGCUGUUGUGCCGCCGCCAAAACCAUGGAGCAGCUUAUCAUUCUGCGUGCCUUUCAAGGCUUGGGCGGUGGUGGUAGUUAUGCGCUCGCCACCAUCUUGACCAUUGAGAUUGUACCCCCGGAAAACUCUGUCACGACAUGGCGCUGGAUAUUCCUGUUCAACGUGCCCAUCGGCGUCGUGGGUCUCGCCAUGGCCAUUGUCGGCAUUCCAUCUGGCUUUCCCCACAACAAAGAAUCAUCCCGCCCCAGUCAAUCGCCGCCACCUGCUCGACCUCUGGACAGAUUGGACAUACCGGGCUGUGUGAUGCUACUUUUGGCAACCAUGUCCAUGGCUGCUGCUUUCCAGGAAGCCGGUUCGCGGUUUGCAUGGGAUUCUGCCUACUUCAUUACCCUUUUGGUGGUCUCUGUUCUGCUGUGGAUAGCACUGAUGGUCUGGGAGCGUCGUGUGACGCUGGCAACCACCACUCGCGAGCCCGUCCUACCCUGGCGCUUUCUCACCAGCCGGGUCAUGGUGGGCGCACUGCUUGGCAUUAUCCUUCAGGGUGGACCACUGACUGUGACAAACCUACAAAUUCCUCAGAGACUCCAGCUAGUCAAUGGCCAAUCCAGCCUGAACGCUGGAGUGCGACUUAUACCGUUCGGCGCUGGACUCUCUGUAGGAACCAUACUCAGCGCCAACGCGGUCAAACGAGCCAAGGUGUCCAUUGUCUAUUUUGUCAUUGUUGGAGCGCUACUUCAGGUGCUUGGAUAUGCACUCCUGUCCUCCAUGGGAUCGUCUGUCGAAGUUCCCCGGGCCAUAUAUGCGUACCAAAUCAUUGCUGUGGCUGAAAAGCGCGAUCAUGCGGUCGCUAUGGGGGCAGCGAAUCAAUUUCGAGCUAUAGGAAGCACUAUUAUGGUGGCGAUAACCACCGCCAUAUUCAACGGCUAUGUCUAUCCUCGACUAUCCGCGCUGGGCAUUUCUGAUCCCAAUCGUGUGAUACAAACUUACAGCCAAGCCGAUAUAGAUAUCUCGCCGGAAUUAUGGGAUGAGGCCAGACAGGUACUGUCGAAAGGCUACAAUCGCCAAAUGUACGCCCUUAUUGCCUGUGGCGUCGCGCAGGCCGCCGCUGCAUUGCUUCUGUGGAAAAAGAACCAGGCCCCAAGCCCCCCAACUGAUGUUAUUGAUGCAAGGCAAGGAGAGAGUCCUACAGAAGCUUAA